UUCAUUAUUUAUUUUUAUGCAUCGUUAUCCUCGAGCGAUUGAAUAACUCGUAAGUAUCGAUGUAAUGUUGUGAUUCAGUUUCUUGCCAUGACUUUGAAUUAUCGUCCGCUUUAUUAUGUGCGGACGUGAUCGUUACAUGAAAAAAAUAUACUCAAUUUCGAUAACAUAGAUGAUUAUAAUAGUUUUGUGUUUGCUCGGUCACGUUAUCGUCUGCGUCUGUGAUUUCUGAACUCACUCAAGUAACUACAAACCACAACGUUGGCAACUAACUAUAUAAUAGCAUAGUAGCAUAGUGGAGUGUCAGUUCUUUACCCAUAUUAUAGCCUACUGCUAGAUAGCAAGUUGCAGACAGCUGCUUUCUGCCAGGCGACGUCGUUCACUCCAAUUAAACACAUUUUCCAAAAAUGGAACUCGAAAUCUUUGCGAUCGAUCGUGUCACCUUAAUUUGAGUGCACACACGUGAGUUCACACGAUGGCCUCGAAGAUUUUGAUAUUACCACGUCGCGUGCAGUAUGGAAGAUCCACGAAAUAACCUACAAGAGGUCGUGUAGAGGAGAGCUGUUGACACGGCGAUAGUUUGUUUACCCCUCAGUUCGCGGCACAAAAAAAAGUUCUGUGUGGUGAUAUACUUCGAUAAUCUGUCCGCGUCGAGCCGAGGACGUACACACGCGAUAACGGCACGAUGGAGAAUCAAACGGCCUACUAUACCCAAGUCACCGUCCAGACCGACGAGUUUGCGAAAAUCUUGCCGACACAGCCCAAAUACUACCACGAGAAUGCGGAGAAGAAGCAUCCGGACGACGCUGUCCUCGCUAGCGAUACCAAAGGAGGUCUUGCGAAUCCGAGGGCCAUACUGUUCUUGGUCCUCUGGUACAUAUUCAGCGGUUUCACGCUGUUUUUGAACAAGUAUAUAUUGACUUAUAUGCAAGGAGAUCCCACUGUGUUAGGUGCUUGUCAAAUGUUCAUGACAGCGAUAUGUGGGUUUAUACAGAUGUACUUCCCGUGUGGCAUGUACAAAGCCAAUCCGCAAAUGAGAAGGCCUCCAGGUUUUUAUAAGCAUAUGACCCUGGUUGGUUGUAUGCGUUUUAGUACCGUAGUCUUAGGAUUAAUCUCAUUGAAUUAUGUUGCUGUGAGUUUUACCGAAACCAUAAAGAGCAGUGCUCCUCUUUUUACAGUACUCAUAAGUAGAUAUUUAUUAGGUGAGCAGACUGGUUUAUAUGUUAAUUUAUCAUUGAUUCCUGUGAUGGGAGGCUUGGCCCUGUGCUCAGCCAAUGAAAUUAGUUUUAAUUCAAAAGGCUUCAUAGCUGCAUUAGCAACUAAUUUAACUGAAUGCCUACAAAAUGUUUAUUCCAAAAUGCUGAUUAGUGGAGCUAAUUUUAAGUAUACUCCUGCAGAGUUACAGUUUUAUACGAGCUUAGCAUCAAUUGUGGUUCAAAUUCCAGUAUCAAUUUUAUUUGUUGAUUACUCUACCAUAGAACAUUCCCUAGAAUUACAUCUCCUUGCUGCAUUCCUCUUAAAUGGAAUAUUUUUCCAUUUCCAAAGUAUUACAGCUUAUGUACUUAUGGAUUAUAUCAGCCCAGUAACUCAUAGUGUUGUAAAUACAGCAAAAAGGGCAUUUUUGAUAUGGCUAUCCAUUUUAUUGUUUAACAAUAUGGUCACUGGCUUAUCAGCUCUGGGGACAUUUUUAGUUUUUGCAGGUGUACUGCUUUACAAUAAAGCCAAGGAGUACGAUAAUCAAAAGAAGAAAAGAAGGAGCUAUCCACUGAAAGUCAAUGUGCAAUGAUUGAUCACAUUGUUUCGAAGACAAGCGAAUCUUGUGUAUAUAUAAAGUCAAUUAUUUGUUUAAUUAUAAAAUACAACUUUCUUUAUUAUCAUUAUAUAA